CUUUAACUCUCUGCCAAACUUCAGCUAAAUUUUUGGCUUGUUUGGUGCAUCAGAGCUGUGCCCAUGGCUUCUAAUUUUGGUUUGAUGUCCCUGGCAGUCCUGGCUCUUACACUUGCUGUUUGUGUGCAAGGUUCUCUAGGAGGAAUAACAUGUGAGAAUCUGAACAAGGACACAUGCGCCUACGCGGUGUCAUCAUCCGGUAAGCGCUGUGUGCUUGAGAAGCAUGUGAGGAGGAGCGGAGAGGAAGCAUAUGUGUGCAGGACGUCGGAGAUUGAGGCUGACAAGGUGAAGGACUGGGUGGAGAGCGACCAGUGCAUUGAAGCCUGUGGGGUUGAUAGGAAAUCGCUCGGGAUUUCAUCGGAUUCUCUCCUGGAGUGUGGGUUCACCCAUAAGCUUUGCUCUUCUCAAUGCUAUAACAGCUGCCCCAACAUUGUUGAUCUCUACUUCAAUCUCGCUGCCGGUGAAGGUGUAUUUCUUCCAACACUGUGUGAAGCACAAAGGAGAGAUGCGAGGAGAGAAAUGGCAGAGAUCCGAAGUUCUGGUUUUGUGGCACCAGGGCCAGUAUCAGGGGUCAAUCCUGUGAAGUUCGGGGUUGCCCCUGCAGUGGCCCCUGCUUCAUCAUAGAUUUUUAUAUGAAGUAUACAGUUAGAAACUUAAUACACAUGAAGGAUUGGAAGUCAGUUAGUUGCUGCCAUAAUAAAAGGUUUGAAUCAAAGUAUUAGAUGCCGGGCUUGAAGGGGGCUAUAUAUCACUUUGGUGUGUUCAACUCUCAAGUCAUGUACUGAGUGCGCGUAGAACAGGAUAGGUAUACAUUUCACGAAACCAUUCUAGUCAAUAAGGUGAUCCUCGUACUUCAUUCACCAUGAUUGAAACAUGUUUUGUUAUUCACACAAGGUUAUUACUUAUGGUUGGUACACUCUAUGGAUUGUAAUGGUUUCGAGAGAUGAAAUAAAAAUAAGUACUUGGAUUGCAUUUGUCACUCAA